AUGUUGACUUUCGUCGUAUUGCUGACUGUGGUAUCUCCUGUUCUAUCCGGGCUGGCUUUCGUGAAGCAUUUCAAGAUUGAGGAACCUGCAGAGAAUCUCCACCAGAACGCCACUGGCAAACCCCAAGCUGCUCCGCCAGAUGCUCCUGCAGGAGGUGCUCAGUACAAGCUGUCGUAUGCUGAUUACCACGAGACCUGGGAGAACUUCAAGAUCACUCACAGCAAGCAGUAUGCAAGCACAGAAGAGGAGAAAAGUCGGUACCGUAUCUUCAUGGAGAACGUCAAGUUCAUCGAACUGCACAACUGGAAGUACCACAACGGCCAUUCCUCCUUCUACCUGGACAUCAACCAUUUUGCUGACCUUAGCCACGAGGAGUACCGCGCCUUAAAUGGUUUUCUUGUGAACAAAACCAACUACAGGCCAUGCCCUCCCUAUUUCCCUCCAACCAAAGACGCCCCAAAGUCCCAGGACUGGAGAAAACUGGGUUAUGUUACUCCAGUCAAAGACCAG